CUAUAGUUUAUUUGAUUAUAAUACGGCCUGCGUGUCGUGCCUUAUCUCUUAAACUCUUGUUGUAAAUCUAUUUCUCUCUCUUACCUCAACCGAGGAUUCUUUUCUCACGUGGUGGUUUGAAGACGAAAAGUUUUGAAGACCGUUUGGAGAAAUCUAAAAGAAUGGAGAUAGCCCGAAGUCCAAGUGCCCGGAAGCCAGUGGGAGCUAUCGUUUUAUUUUUCUUUUAGGGGCCACAAUCAUUACACGUUUAUUUACUGCGUUUUGUGAAUGCAGUAAUAUUGUUCGCCCAACACCAGACCAAGAGCUGAGAGCCCGGCUCAUCAGUUGGAACUAUGUUCCUACCUAAAUAGUUGUCUUGUGGAGUAAUGCCCAAGCGGAACGCAAGAUAAUGAAAUAUGGAUCUUGGCCCACUAGAGGUUUCGCCGGAAAUCUCCGAAUCAAUAUCGAGGGUUAUUGAUUUGUUAAAAAUAGUGGGAGAUAAUUAAUUAAAGGCCUAAUUAAUUAUUAAACAUGAUAGAUAACCUAUUUUGCAAAAUUUUUGUAGAUGGCAAACAACAACAACCCUUUCAACCUGCGAUAUGUUCUAGAAAAGGAAAAAUUAUCUGGAACUAACUUUCUUGAUUGGGAGAUGAAUCUUAAGAUUGUUAUCGAAUGCGAGAAAAAGCUUUACGUCCUAACAUCUGAGCCUCCCAAAGCUCCUGAAGCGAAUGCCCGUGCUGCAGAAAUUACUUAGUACCGGAAAUAUGAACAUGACGCACGUGAUUAAGCUGGCAACAGGUAACCCAGUUGGUCCCCACAUUCUCAAGAUGAUCGGUCAGAUCGAAACUCUUGAAAAACUGGAUGCCCCGUUGCACCCUAUGCUGGCAACUGAUCUCAUCUUGGGAUCAUUACCAGCUGAGUAUAGUCAAACUGUAGUGAACUUCUACACGAACAAACUAGAGAUGACUAUGCCUGAGCUACUGAAAUUCCUCACACCUGCUGAGGAGAGUCUAGGGAAGGGCAAGGGUAAGUCUCUCCUGAUGGUAGAGGGCAGUACUGUUGCGAAGAAGAGUGGGCCACGUUCGCCGGCCGGGACCAAGCGCAAGGGUUCUAAGAAACCCAAGCCAGCGUCCAACUCCUCUUCGUUGAAACCCAAAGAAGGAGUUAAGAAGAAGUCUGCUGUAUGCUAUUACUGUGGCAAAAAGGGCCACUGGAGGCGCAACUGCGCAAAAUUACUGGCAGAGAGGAAAGAGGGAAAGAAACCUCAAACCUCAGGUAUCUUCGUUAUUGAAGUCAAUAUGUCUGAUAUCACCUCUUGGGUGAUGGAUACUGGAUGUGGUUCUCACAUCUAUGUUAAGAGAAACAAACCUAACAGUUUGAAUCUCGUGUACCUUUGGCAUUGUCGUUUGGGCCACAUUAACGAGAAACGCAUAUCUAAGUUACAUCGUUCUGGUGUACUUGAUUCAUUUGACUUCCAGUCAUAUGAUGUAUGUAAAUCUUGUUUACUUGGUAAAAUGACAAAGGCUCCAUUCACCGGUCACGGUGAGAGGGCGAGUGACUUAUUGGGCCUCAUACACUCCGAUGUCUGUGGUCCAAUUAGCACUGUAGCUAGAGCAGCACACACACUCAACAGAGUUCCAUCUAAAGCUGUCGAGAGCACACCAUACGAACUAUGGCGUGGGAGAAAACCGAGUUUCUCGUACUUUAAGAUUUGGGGCUGUGAAGCUUAUGUAAAACGUCUCAUGACGUCUAGUAAGUUGGAGCCUAAAUCUGAUAAAGAUGCAUUCCUGGUAUACGGUGGUGAGGAAGAGCUAAAGGUGGUCGGUAACACUGAUGCUAGCUUCCAAACCGACAGAGACGAUUCAAAAUCACAAGCAGGAUAUUUAUUUUGCCUGAAUGGCGGAGCUUUUAGCUUGAAGAGCUUCAAGGAGGAUACAACCGCCGAUUCGACUACAGAGGCUGAGUACAUAGCUGCUGCCGAGGCAGCUAAAGAAGCUGUUUGGAUCAAGAAGUUCAUUACUGAACUUGGAGUGGUUCCUAGUAUCAAUGACCCUAUCUCGUUGUUUUGCGACAACACUGGGGCCAUUGCACAAGAAAAGGAACAGCGAUCUCACCAGAAAACCAAACACAUUGUACGACGCUAUCACAUCAUACGAGAAAUCGUAGAUAGAGGAGAUGUGAUGAUUUGCAAAGUAGAUACUGACGACAACAUAGCCGAUCCCUUGACCAAGCCUUUAGGAAAGCUAAAGCAUGAGGGUCACACUAAGUCCAUGGGCAUUCGACCGAUGCCAGAUUGGCCAUAGUGCAAGUGGGAGAUUGUUGGAGUUGUGCCCUGAUGGCCAACUGUUUAUCAUUAUUCUAUCAUGUAUAGGCAGAUAUAAUAUGUUUACACAUCUCAUGCUAAUGUAAACAAAUAUUAUAUUCCUAGAUUUAUAUUUAAAAGAUGUUUAUCAGAUAGUGUUAUUCUGCAAAUGAGACUAACAUCUUGAAAUAAAUAUUUAUCUAAAUGUCAAUAGUCGAGUAUUAACAAGAGUGGGAUAUCGUUAAUGCAUUGAGAGAAAAUAUUAUUUUGGUUCCACAUAUAUCAUUUUGUGUAUAGAAAAUAUCUAUAAUAUUUUCUAAAUAUUAUUGGAAAUAUUUUCUAUAGAAAUAUACAAGAUUAUUAUUAUCCCAAAUUUUAAUCUUUAUAUUUUAUUCUACUAUAAUCUUUACUAGCAUAAAGAUUGUGGUAGACUCCGGGGUUGUUCAAUUCGUGUGUCAAAGUUGGAGACUGGACGCUUGAACGGUUACGUUUGCACUUUCAACGCUCUUCCUACGACUUCUUCGUUUUUACAGUUUACGGAGAAAGCGCCUCCUCCUCCACUACGAGAUACGCCGAUCGAAUGAUGUAGCAAAGCUUGGAUGCAUUCCCAUCACCAUUCCUAUAUAAGGCUACUCCCCAUUCUCAUUUCUUCACCAAUCCUUAUAAUUCCUUCUUCUAUUCUGUUGCUCUGACUGAGGAGAACGCAUGGUGCCGUCAAUUUGGUGUGAAGUCGCCAGAGGAAGCCGUGGUGUUCGCUGGAAGUUUCGGUGGAAAAUUUCCAAAAGCUCCGUUUAAGCUCGAGGUAAUAGAAAGAAUGAUGUGACGCGAUCUUGGAAGCACGGAGGCGAGAUAGUUGGGAUGGAUGUGAUGGUUUUGAAUUGAAGAACAUAAAUAAAUGAUGUUUCG